AUGCUGCCGAUGGUAAGAAGACGGUUUCGUCCUGUAAGAUUGGGCCUAAUUCUUGUUGGUUUGAUUGCAAUAAUUACAUUAUUGCGUAGAUUCAAUAGGGAGGAUCAAUCAUCAAUGUAUAAUGGAGUUGAUAAUAUUUGGUACGAAGAUGAAGACGAACCAUUGCCAGUUAAGGAAAGGGGUGAUAGACAAGAACAUGUUGAUGAGAAGGAAACUGGAGAAGAAAUCACACAGGCAUUCUUAAAAGCCCUAGAUGAUCUGAUUGGUAGGAAAUGUCCAGACUAUACAGAAUAUAGUAAAUUUCCCCAUCCUCCAUUUGCAUCAGGACAAUUCAAAUAUCCAUAUAUGAGACCUGCUCCAAAGUGUCGUACUUUCACCUCCACCGCGGUGGAGCUGAUUGUUGAUGACCUCAAGUUAAAGGCAAAGACCCCAGAUUUGGCGCGAUUGAUUGAAAAUUGUUUACCGAACACUUUGGAUACCACGAUUCUUUGGCAUAAAAAGACAGCACCAUUCGAAGCAUUUGUGGUCACUGGUGAUAUCCAUGCCGAGUGGCUUCGUGAUGCAGCACGUCAACUUUCUGUAUAUCAACCAUUUAUCAAACAUGAUAUAACAUUACAAAACCUUGUACUUGGCGCCAUUAACACACAAGCCAAAUAUGUCAAUACAUCCCCAUAUUGUAAUGCCUUCCAUCCACCUGCAGGCUCUGGAGUCAAGCGAGGAGACACUGCCAUGGAUCUGGUAUAUCCAAGACCAGAUUGGAAGGCUGUAUUUGAAUGUAAAUAUGAGUUGGACUCAUUGGCUUCAUUCCUAAUGUUAACCAACGAAUACUAUUUGAAUUCAAAUAAAGAUCUUUCCUUUAUCACCCCUGAAUGGCUUGAUGCAUUUGAAAAAGUGUUGAUAGUACUUCGUCGUGAAGCACAACCUUCCUUUGAUAAAGAGACUGGACAGGCAAUCAAUUAUUAUUAUUCAUUCCAGAGACAAACCAACAUUGGGUCUGAGACCCUCCCACUUGGAGGGGUCGGGAACCCUGUCAAUUAUGGUACUGGAUUAAUCAGAUCUGCCUUUAGACCCAGUGAUGAUGCAACUAUUCUUCAAUUUUUCAUCCCUGCUAAUGCACAUAUGCUUACAGAAUUGAAAAAACUUCGUAAGAAUUAUUUCCGUUCAGAAAUCUUGGAUAAACUCUCAAAUAUUGAUUUAGAAAGGGUGCAAUACUUAUCUGACGUUGUAGACGAAUUGAUCCAUGGAAUAUCUAGAGGUAUUGAACUGUAUGGUAUUCAUGACCACCCAGUGUGGGGGAGAGUGUAUGCCUAUGAGGUUGAUGGAUAUGGAGGAAUUGUUUCUAUGGAUGAUGCCAAUAUCCCAUCAUUACUCUCGCUUCCAGAUAUGGGAUUUGUGGAUGUUGAUGAUGAAGUGUAUCAAAAUACUAGACGGAUGAUAUUAUCCAAGAAUGGGAACCCUUACUUUUUGAAAGGAAGAUAUUUUGAAGGGAUUGGUGGUCCUCAUAUUGGUAUUCAGAAUGCUUGGCCAAUGUCUUUACUUGUCCGAAUUAGAACUACUGAUGACGAUGAUGAAAUUCUUGAAAGUUUGGACUUUAUCAUGAAGACAACUGCAAAGUUGGGGCUCAUGCAUGAAAGUGUUCAUGUAAACUCAUUGGGAGGACAACAAUACACCAGAUCUUGGUUCUCAUGGUGUAACUCAGAAUUUGGUAAAACGAUAUUACAUUUGGCAAAGCAUAAGCCACAUCUUGUAUUCAAGCCGGAAUAUGCUAAACCGUACGACAUUGAUCUGGUUUUAUACAAAAAGUAA